CUACUUUGCAACCCCUGACUGUGGAUCAGGAGGAGCACCAUUUCGAGCGCACUCCAUCAGCACCACCCGUUGUAUCUUCAUCAGGGACAUCUUCAUCUUCUUCGAGGAGCACAAGGACGCCUCAAGAGAACAGGGAACAAGACCAUGGGGCGACUGGGAUGAGUUUUAGUGAUCAGGUGAUUGUGCUGCCACCUGCUCCAGCCACAUGGUCCAUCUCUGCUCCGCCUCCGAGACUUGUCCCCUCUGAGGUAGCUGCUGGUCCCACUGGAGGUGGCCCCUCUGCGUCUGCUUUGUUCUCUUCUUCUAGCACUUCUUCUUCUGCAACCUCGAAACACCCAAUAAUACCUCCUACAGCUACAGCAGCUACAGUCAAUGACUCAAGUAAUACUACCCGUAAACCAGCAGCUGGACCAGCACGACUUCGCAUGAGCA